AUGUCGGAUUCCAAGGAUAUCAGCUAUGCUGAGAAUGACACAAGCCAUUAUGAGAAGCCUCCAUCUGAAGGGCGACGGCAUUCCUCGGUUGCAGAUUUGAACCGGAACAAGAACUUGGACGCCAAGAUCUCCAAUCCUCUAGCCGAUAUUCCCGAAGAGGCGCUCUUGGCUGAUGCUGAGGACUUUGCGAACCGGACAGGCCUAACUUCAGAGGUCGAAUUGCUCAAGAAGGGUGCUUUGGUGGCUCAGAACCCCAGCGAAUACGAAAACAUCGCAGUACUCACCGACGAAGAAAGGGAUGCGCUUCGCACGGAGGUUACCAAGAAAUGGUCUCAUCCAUGGAAGCUAUACAUGACGGUCAUCGUCUGCUCCAUUGGUGCCGCAGUCCAGGGCUGGGAUCAAACGGGAACCAAUGGCGCCAAUCUAUCUUUCCCUGAUGCGUUUGGCCUGGAUACUCCGGAGGGCGAACCCGGCUACGAAAGUGACUUUUGGAUCAUUGGAUUGGUCAAUUCCGGCCCCUAUAUCGGCAGUGCCUUCCUCGGCUGUUGGCUUUCAGAUCCUUGCAACUACUACUUCGGACGACGAGGCACAAUCUUCACCUCCGCCAUUAUCUUGAUUGCGACGCCGAUUGGUGGUGCCUUCUGCCAGACCUGGGAGCAGCUGCUGAUCACUCGUAUCCUUAUGGGUAUUGGCAUGGGUCUGAAGGGAGCGACCACACCAGUCUUCGCCGCCGAGAACUCGCCGGCUGCAAUUCGAGGCGCCCUGGUGAUGACUUGGCAAUUCUGGACCGCGUUUGGCAUAUUCUUGGGCACGGCGUUCAACUUGGCUGUAUGGAAAGCAGGCGAUAUUGGCUGGCGCCUUCAGCUCGGUUCAGCCUUUAUUCCGGCAGUUCCUCUUGCGAUCUUGGUUUAUCUGUGCCCGGAGAGUCCAAGAUGGUGCAUCAAGCACAAGCAGUACCGACGGGCGUACGAGUCGUUACUCAAACUCAGAAACCAUCCUCUCCUUGCCGCAAGGGACUUGUACUAUAUCAACACCCAAAUUGACAUUGAGCACGAGAUUGUGGGCGAAUCCACUUAUAUCUCCCGCUUCAUGCAGCUCUUCACAAUGCCUCGCGUGCGUCGUGCGACUCUGGCCUCCUUCACGGUCAUGAUUGCUCAGCAAAUGUGCGGCAUCAAUAUCAUGGCGUUCUAUUCCUCGACGAUCUUCCGUGAAGGCGGAGCCUCGGACUUUGAAGCCCUUCUCGGUUCAUUUGGCUUUGGAGCGGUCAACUUCCUCUUCGCGAUCCCGGCAUUCUUCACAAUUGACACGUUUGGACGUCGGUCGCUCCUCCUCUUCACCUUCCCUAACAUGGCCUGGACUUUACUCGCGGCCGGCUUUGCCUUCUACAUUCCCGAGGAAAGUAAUGCACACCUAGGUGUUAUUGCACUUUUCGUCUUCAUGUUUGCGGCAUUUUAUUCGCCGGGCGAGGGCCCAGUUCCAUUCACUUACUCGGCUGAAGUCUUCCCACUCUCUCAUCGUGAAGUCGGCAUGGGCUGGGCAGUGGCAACAUGCCUUUUCUGGGCCGCAGUGUUGGGACUCACCUUCCCAAAGAUCCUGGAAGCCUUUACUCCUACCGGCGCCUUUGGAUUCUUUGCCGGCUUGAAUAUUUUGGCGUUGAUCAUGAUCUUCUUCUGGGUGCCCGAGACCAAGCAACGUACUCUGGAAGAGCUCGACUAUAUCUUUGCCGUCCCAACUCGAAGAUUCAUGUCGUAUCAAACCGGCACUUGGUUACCUUGGUUCAUCAAACGCUAUGUGUUCUGGAAUAAGUCUGCUCACCUCAAGCCAUUAUACACAUUUGAGCGUGGCGUGGUUGAGGAUCUCAAGACUCAGAAGCAGCACAUGCAAGAGCAUGGCGUUGAGGGUCAUGCUACGAUCGAAGAGGUUGACAAGACUACUGGAGUCUAG